UCGCCUCUGCACUUCAAGUGUAAACAGAAUGCCAAUCCAAGGUCAAGUGAUUUCGCUAUCGAAGUGAGAACGGUCACCUGAGUGAGAUUCGAUAUCGAGUUUGCAUUUUACAGAAUGGCACUGCUGGUUUCGUCCCUAUUUACAUCCCGAUCUCUAUUCACCUCAUUUUGCAGUAUCUACUUUGUAGUGUGGCUAAAUGACGGUUAUAUGAUAACCAUGACAACCGACAUAAAAUGUGUAAUGUCAAAUUGUCAAUGUCAACAAAGCGAGAAUAGACAUUAAUAAAAAUCUACCUACUUAUUUUAUUUAAAAUUUUAAUUUCUUAUUUUGAAGCUGUAGCAAAGUGAACGUAAUUAAGACAGCAAAAGCAGGUGAAGAAGUUCACAAUGGCGGAAACUAUAGAUGAAAAAGUUGUUAUGACUCCUAAGAGCAAAACGGCGACAUCUACUACUCUUAUAGUAGAGAGAAAAGCUGUGGAAGCUGAAGCUAGUGAUAAGAUUCAUGUGGCAGGGGGUGACCAUACUGGUAUAAUCAUCAACAAGGAAAAAGUUUAUGAGAAUGGAGUCACAGAACCAUGUCAUGCUCAGCUUGAAUUCCGCGUUUAUCUUGUAUCAGCUGCUAAUGGAACCCACACAAGAGAGGCGAGAGCCCUCAGGUUCUGGUUUAAACCACAGAUGCCCCCAAGUGAGCGUCCACAUGAAGCCCAAGGAUUUUUCAGAGAGCUUGUCAGUCCUCAAGACUUUCCCAAAGAUUAUGUCGGCUUUAUAAAGAAGAUUAUAAAAUUGAUGCAGAACAAAUAUCAUCAAUUAAAAUUAUUAGAAGUUGAAUUGAGACAAGAGGGGCGUGGUUCACCUCCACCAGAAACAAAUGGCGUUAUUACUAGUAAGGGAAUAAUAUACAACUGUUAUAAUGGGUCGUUUAUAGAAGAUAGCAUUUUAAAUCAAACACCAGUUAUUUCUGAACAAAGAGUACUGGAUAUGAUAGAAAAUGCAUAUCCUAAUCCACUGACUGUAGAAGACUUUGUCACAGCCGGAAGAUGGUCAAAAGCAGAAGUAAAAGAUGCGUUGGAAUCAUUAGAAGAAAAGGGCUUGACUCGUGCUAUGUCAGAUGGUCUCUAUAUUCGGCAACAUAGUGUUGACACUCAGGUAGUGAAGCAAAUGCCCACAUUGUGCUCAUCAAGACAACCAAGCAUAGCUGUAGUAACGGCGCUCUACUGCGAGAAGCAAGCAGUAGACGCCAUGAUGGACAAUCAAGAGACAUACGUUCGAUUUACAACUGUGGGUGAAUCAAACGUAUACACACUGGGAACCAUAGGUGCGCACAGAGUGGUCACUACUAAACUUCCCUCUGUGGGAAGAACCCGAGAAGCUAUGACUGCCGCUGGGAAUACAACUACAAGACUUCUUGGCAUUUUCCAAAAGGUGGAGUACGUGUUCUUAGUGGGCGUAGGUGGCGGGGUUCCGCACUACACAGAUUAUGCACACCACGUGAGACUAGGCGACGUUGUUGUCUCCACGCCAGCAUCUGACUUGCCUGACAAAUAUGUGUACGUGUUUUGUGAAAAGGCCGAACGAAAUGACAAAGGAGGCUGGGAUUACGAAGUGAAACCGUAUAAACCACCGAAUUUCCUACUACAAGACAUUGCCCUUCGCCUUGCAAAUUCGCAAGCGCCUUGGAAUUUAUACGUCAACGAAGGAUUAAACCGAUUGCAAAAUGUGCCUGGUCGUUGGGAUGCACCAGAGGGCGUAACAGAUCGCCUGUGUGUGGAAAUUGGUGAGGGUGCAUACAUCGAGGUUUCACAUCCUGCACCCCAUGGCGAUCAAGUCGAUGCAGACGGCAAGGCUCGAAGCCGCGGGCUGCGUGUACACUGUGCGCCGGUGGCGGGUGGCCGCGCGGUGACCGGCUCGGGCGAUGCCCGGGAUGCCUUCGCGGCCCACGUGCGCGCGCUCGCCUACGACUGCGAGCUCGACGCCGUGCUCGACAGCGUGCAGGGCAACCGCAAGGACUGCUUCAUAUCUAUACGAGGUAUUUCCGACUAUCGCGACGGUACGCGUGGCAAAGACUGGCAGCCGCACGCAGCUCUCGCCGCUGCUGCUGUUAUGAAGGGCAUCAUAGCGGCUAUGGAUCCGCCUACUGAUUGAACUUUUACGAAAUAUAACUGUAAUUUCGGAAAAGCAAAUCUAUUCCGAUCAAACCUUCAGAAAUACAGUAUAUUGUUUUGUUGAACUACUAUAAAAAGGUUAUGAAUAAUAAUGUCACAAUUUUAUUUUUAACGCAAGGAAAAUAAGUAAUAUAUUGAAAUAAUGAUUAAUAAGAUAUUAUAGAUUAGCCAUAAAAUAUCCAUUAAUAUACUAUACAUAAAUAUGUAUAUCCGGAUUUUUGGCGCAAUAUAGCCUAAACAGAUUUUAAUAAAAUUUGCCUAAUGGGGUAUCAUUUAAAUUAAUCUUACAAUAGUAAAAAAAUACUUAACAAAGUUAUUGGAAUUUAGAAAUUUAACUAUCUUUAUUUUUCAUUUAAUUUUCUUAUCUGCAGAGAAAUCCAUAUUGACGAGAUUCUGUCAGAUACAAAAUAAUAGAUAAAACUUAAAAAUAAAAUUAUACUUCAACUGAACGUUCCAGAUAUUAUCUGAACAUUCCGUUUGUGAUAACUGUAGAUGUUGUUCAGGUUUUAAAGACUGUUACUUACAGAUAAAAAUUCAUAUUUGUGAUUUUUAUGGGUAUCUCAGUCUAAAUUUAAGAAGAGUUAUUAUUAUGCAAAAUAUCUCAAGUAGCAAUAAGCACAUUUUCAUUGUGACCAACAUCGUAACGCCGAUAGGCCCACGCAAGUUGAAUUUUUUCCCCAAUGUUAAUUUUUUUUUUAAUUACUUUUAUUUCAAUUUCGUUCGCUUUUACUCGAUCAUAAACUUGUUUCGAUUUUCCUCUGUUUUAUUAUGUUACCACUAUGCGAAAGACAAAAAAAACGCUCUUCUCUACACCUUACUUCUUCACCUCACGUUGCUUCUUUCAUUUGUAUAUUCUAUUGAAUUAAAAUACUGCUUUAUAAUAAAAAAAUAUCAAAACUGUCAAAAUAAUUAUACAUAGUUAUACUCGUCCAUUUUAUUUUUCUCUAAAAAAUUCUUCAACAAUUUCAUAUUUCUUCAUAUUAUAACAUUUUCUGCGUCGAUAAUUUAAUAUAUACAAUAACGCUACGUGUUAAUACCCCUUCUUCAAUUCAAUAAAUUAAGCGUAUUGCCUCUCUAAAGAGAACUCCAUAUACAGUACAUAACUGUUUAUCACUUUGAAUUUAUUUAUUUAAAAACUAUAAUUACAAAGACAAUUAGAAAAUAUUGUUACUUCAAAUACCCAUAAAAAUCAAUUCAGAUUAUUUUAAGAUUACAUAUUGGAUGUAAUAACAGAUGAACUUGACUAAACAUAAGUAUGUACCUCCCCAUUCUGUCAUGGGUAAAAAAUUUGUGCUAUAAUAUUUAUAAAAUGAUCAAGUAUUCCUCAUUUCUAAGUAUUACAAUGUUACGAUUUUCUGCAAUGUUGUGAGAUUUCAACAUAAAAAAUAUAUAUUAUUUAUGAUAAUAACAAAAUACCAUAACUUUUUCACUGAAUACAGCUAUGUUGCUUAGCAAUGACUUCUUAAGAAUCUUUAGAUAUUUAACAAAUAAGUCAAGUAACAAAUAAGUAAGUUAAUAAAUCCUGGCACAAGCCAUGUAAUUAGUGAUCUAAAAAAAUAACUUGUCUAAUGGGAUAAGUAAUUAAUUUAUAGUACAGGUUUACUUGCCUUACAUUUGGCUGUUACAGAAAUAUUUAAUAUAAAAUGUUAUUUCAAGUAAGAGUUAUUUACACAAAUUAGUGUAGGGAACAAAAUUACAAGCCUUUUAGUGAGAUUUUAGUAAUUAUAAUUUAAUACUACUAUUACUAUUCUACAUAAGCUUGCUUCGCGUUGUUUUAUUUAUGAGUCACGUUUCUUAGCCAUUUGCCAAAUAAAAUGUGCUCAAAACAGGUCUUCCUGCUUGCAAGCCAAAUAAUUAAUAAUUACUCUGUUUUAUAUAUUAAUUGGCAAUAUAUUGCAAUAAUUAAAAUUAAAUGUAUGUAUAUUUGUAAUGUCAAAAAUAUGCAUCAUGUUACAUUUGUAUCAUCACUGAAACUAUAUUUUCCUUUUAUUUUGAAUAUAUUCAUUAUAUCUGUUAAUACUUACUUAUUACUUGUAAUUAUUUUUGUUUUCACCUAUGUACACGUAUGUAUAAAUUUGUAUAAGGCACAUGCACACUUGUGAUGCUUUUAUUCUAAUAUAUAGUUAUUUCAUAUUUAUAACGAUCUGAUUAAAUUUGACAUAAAAAAUAAUGGAAUAAUAUGCUAAUUAUGUAUAUCAGACUAGUAUAUUGUAUACAUUAUCAUCGAAAAGACAUUUUAAAUUAUAUGAAUUUAAAAUUAUUGUUACCAGAUUAUGUGUAUAUUAUGUGGCAUGUUUUAACAAAAGUACUACGUACUAGCUUCAAAAACAGUCACUGGGACAAAAAGUAUUAAUGUUAUUGCAUUUGUUGGUCUACUGCUAGAAUUGUAAAAGAAAUGUGCAGUACAUUCACCAGGUUGAAGAAAUAUUUCACAUUUAAUUAUAAUUAUAUAUAGGCUUAGCUUAUUAUGUAGUAUGUCUAGGACAACUUAGUUACAUAAUUCUAUUUAUCCGCAAUAUUAUUGCUACAUUUCUGAAUUCCUUAGCGUUUUUCUUAGAAAAUUAUUCACGAUUAAUUUAUUACUACUUUUUCACUGCCAUAAAUGGCCUAUUUAUUAUUAUUAGAUUUAUAAAUAGACGAUAUAGAUAACAAACUGUUGUGACAUAUAUUUAAAACCAAAGUUUAGACUUUUGGAUGUUUUUUUGAACACCUAGUCUAGUCGCCUGAAAUGUGAAAUUUCGUUGAAGUUUUAUAUACAAUUAAAAUUAAAAAACCACUAAUGUUGUAAUUCCACAUAGUUUUAUCACAUUAUAAAACGAUUUGUAAUAUAAGAUAAUCGUAAAUUGUUAUUUGAAGAAUAAUUUUACUUAUUCCUAUUUAUGUUAAUGUUUGAUCAAUGACAAUAAAGCAUACCUAUUUUAUGUAGAUUAGGACCUAUCCAAUUUUAUAUUUUGAUCUGUAUAUUUGAAUAUUAAUUUGGCUUAAUUUUCUUUUGUUGUUUCUUCUUUAUAACGCACAAAAUAAAGUUUUUUUU